AUGGCUCCAGUAAAAGAAACUUCGCUUGACCUGUGCAAGCGCAUCAAUGCACAAGGAAACACGAUUGCGAUUCGCAUGCUCGAAUAUCUGAGCACUGCGAAGACACCUCUCCAUGGCUUUGAGCCGCUUUCAAGAGAGUUCGUAGGACUCUGCCAGGUACUAUGGUCCAUCGAGUCUGGUGUUGCAGAAACUAGCAAAUCACGCUCCGGGCUCCCUGUGGAAGUUUCCCAGGAGCUUGACAGGCGGGUUCGUCAGGUCGGAGAGGAGUUCUCGGUGCUGGCUCAGAUGGUCAACAAAUUUGUCGACAAGGAGAACCACAAGGGCGGCUUUGGCAUGAAGUUUCGAAUGAUGUUUGCCGAUACUGACAUUGAUAAAAUGCGCCACACACUGUCCCGGAGUCGUGACUCGCUCAAAGUCAGCUCAGCCAUGUUCCGAUGGACACUUGGCGAAGCCAAAGCGGAUGCCUCGAUGGGAAUUGGCUAUGCCGGGCUGAUAGCUGCGCUGGACCGUCUAGACCCCAGCAAAGCUGCAAGCCUUCCCCCUCUGCAUCCUGCUCCAACAGCGCAUCUCCCACCGACGCCACCAAAAGCUAUCGGCCAUCUCCAAGAAUCUGUACUCAUGUCCACACCUACUCAAGUAGACAGGCCAUCCCUACACGACCUUCGCCUCGAAGAAGGCUACUCUUACCACAGUGACCGUGCGCACUCGCGACAAGAGGAGAUUGCAUUGGCAGCGAGUGCUGUCGAUGUGCACCAAAAGGCCUGGCGGCCUCCACAAAGUGCUCGUUCGAGCGAAUCGGUUAGAGAGACCAUGUAUCAACAGAACCUUCGCUAUCACGACGAAGCUGCAUUCGAGGACGCCAUCUCAUCAUAUUCCGGUCGUUCGCCCAUGGAGGAAAAGCUGCGUGCGCUCAGCCUUGGAGAUCGCGAUCGUUUCGAGGAACCGCUGCCUUCAUCCAAGGUCGAUUCUGUCGUAGCUUCCCAAAACUGGGGUCCGCGCCAGAGUGGCGGAUCAAAGAACAUUGGUGGCAAAGCUGCACUCUUCAGUGCGGUUGAACAGAGAAGACACCGGAUCCUGGAGCAAUUGCUCGAAGGUGGCGCCAAAGCAGAGCCACACGUCGAGUCUGCAAUGCUUCGGGUCGCCGUACACAACCAAGAUGUAGAGACUCUUGUCUUGCUCCUUCGCUAUGGUGCGGAUGCCAACGGCUUCGACCGUGAAGGCAUCACGCCCUUGUUCGCCGCCACUCGUACCCAGAGCCUCGAAUGCGCAAAGGUUUUGCUCAAGCAUGGCGCUGACCCGAAUCUUUCGGCUGGCCCCGACUCCGAGUCUCCCUUGUCAUUGGCCGCAACGCAAAAUUACAUCGACUUUGUUCAGAUAUUCCUUACUAGUGGGGGUGAUAUUGGGUUCGUCAUGGAGAACGGUUCGACAGCACUCAUCUCCGCAAUGAACAAGACAACUUCGCCAAAAUGUGUCGAAGUACUCCUCAGUUGCAAGGGAGACGCCGAUGCUAAGAACGGAGAAGGUACUACUCCGUUGUUCCAGGCUAUCCAAGCAAACCGCGUAGACCUAAUGACGGUGCUACUCGACCACGGCGCAAACCCCAACCUCCCUGGCCCUAAACAUCCUCUAUGGCCAUCAUGCUACAAGCCCAAAGCCCUCCAGCUUCUCCUUCAACGGGGCUCCGACCACAAGAAGACACCAGGUGUUAUGGAGCUGGCUGCUAGCUUGAAAAAGCUCGAAUCCAUCAAGAUCCUCAUGGAAGCUGGUGUGUCACCAAACGUGCGGAAAGAUAAUGUCUACACACCACUGUGCUCGGCCAUUCGCGACAAUAGCCCCGAAAUCGUUACAUACCUGCUCGACCACGGCGCAGACCCCAACUUUUGUGCGGCAGAAUACCCGGCUUUCAAGUGCAUCACUCAUAAGCGCACACACUUUCUCCCACAAUUGGUAGCAGCUGGUGCAGACCUACACAAGCCCAAGGGUAUUAUCGAGACUGCUGUCAAGUCCAACGACAAGGACGCCAUAAUCUACCUACUGGACCAUGGGGUCAACCCUAAUGACCGAACACCAGAGGGCUGUACAGCGCUCACAACCGCUAUCCGGGAAGACCGGAGCGAGCUCGUCGACCUUUUGCUAUCACGAGGCGCGGAUCCCGCAAUUCGAGGCGAGGACUGGCCCCUCUGCAUGGCGGUCAAACGCCCCGAAAUUCUCAAGAAACUUCUCGCCGCAACUCCAAACCCACGGGCCUUCCGCGGUGUCGUGGAAAUGGCCGUCGUCGCCAACCAACUCGACAGCAUCAAGUUCCUUUUGGAAGCCGGCGUGAGCGUCGAAGACAAGAACUGCGGCGUCUUCUCUCCCCUUACCACGGCCAUCCGCGAGGAGCGCAAAGUCAUUGUCCGCUACCUUCUCGACGUUGCCAAUGCGGACCCCAACGCCCCAGGCGAGCACCUCCCGAUUGUCAAAGCGCUCCGCCGCUACAGCGGCGACACGGAAAUUAUCCAAAUGCUGCUAACACGCGGCGCCGAUAUCAACAAGAUGCACCGUGGGUGGAACGCCAUCCUCCAGGCGGUGGAAAACGGCGACGCCGAGAUACUCAAGCUCCUGAUUGAAAUGGGCGGCCCCCCAGAUCUCCAAGCCCUCGACGAGACCGGUCGGCCCGUCAUCGACAUUGUGACGGAGCGUGGCUGGGAAGAGGGCAUUGGACUGCUAUUCCCAAACACGGGGAUGCGGGCCAAGCAGUAG